CAAUUAACAAAAAUAUAUUUAAAUAGGUUUAGUUUUAGUUAAAAAUAAUAACCCUGCAUUAUAGAAACUAAACUUACAUUCUUCUCAACUCCAGAUGUCUUAAUCUGUAGCUUUCAUGUCUUUUGAAUUCUUUCAGUGUAAAAAAGUAUAUAUUUAGUUGCAAUUUGUGACAUUAACCUCAUUUAAAUACUUCUUUUCUGAUUUUCUUUCCCGUGGUGAUUUAGUUCAAGGACUCCUCGUGACUUUCCUGACACAAUCACAUUCUAGAAAGCAUACAGAUUAUGAAGGGAAAAUGGAGAGUUUGUUUGGCAGGGCCAGUAAUGAGGUGGCUAAAUGCCAGCUGGUCCCAAAACGAUUUUAGUCCAAUAUGAUUAACCCAGCAUGGUGUUAACGUGAACACACACACACACACACACAUAUACCCACAAUGCCUCCCUUGUGUUAGUUUAAAUAUCUCUAAACACACAGGGCUAUUGUCCUCUUCAUCAAUUGUUAUUUUUUUGUUUGUUUGGAUGGAUGCAAUGUCCUAUUAUAUUUUUUUUUUGGAAACACUACUAUGAUGGUAAUAUCAUGGUUUUACCAUGGUAAAUAUGUUAAUCAUACAGUACCAUGAUAAUAUGCUGUCACUAUAUAGCACAUCACUGUGAAAAGCAGAGAGAAAAUGCAAAAGUAAACUAAAGAUUUUGUUUUAAGAUUUUUUGUGUGUGUGUGUUUAGCCUUAUGAUUAAAAUAUAAUGACUCGUAUCCAUUUCCUUUCACAGGCAGAUCAUAAUCAUCAAAGUCAUAAUUCCGCUUCUGCUCAACCACUUAUUGGACCUGGUGAAUCAGAUUUAGUCUCUGAUCUUGGAUCCGUGAUAGACCCUGAGCAGAGGUGGGGCAGAGAAGAGGAUUUAGACCAGAGCAAGCUGCUUCCUGAGCAAACGGACAGUCUUUAUAAUGAAGAGCUCAUCAGGCCUAAAAAGCUCCACAAUCCCAUCAAAGCAUCCAAGAGCCACCGGGAACUCCAGAGAGAGCUUAUUAUUACACACAAAAGAGGAGCAGUGGUGGAGGAGAAGCCAGAGUUGCAGAGAGUUCUGCAACAGAGAAACAGAUCUCAAGCUCUGAAACGAGACAGAAAACAGGACGAGGAGAAAUCACCACUGGAGCAGGAGUUACUGAAGAGGCAGAUGAGGUUAGAGAAGUUUGAGAGAGAGACCGAAGAGCAGAGAGAAAGGUCAAAGUGCGCACCUGAGUUCAUCAGGGUCAAAGACAGCCUGAAGAGGACAGCGAUCGCAAGUGCUGUGGAGAAAGAGCUGUAAUCACAUUACAACACUGAUCUACAGGAGUGUUGAUGCUCCUCCAGCUGCUGAUUUGAACAGUUCUUUAGUUUUAGUUAGAAAGCUUGGGGUUUGGAUUUCGAAUGAAAUCACAGAUUGUGAAAACCCAACGUGGACAAGAAUGUUGAAAAUGUGGGCUAAUGCACUGUAAAUUACAAAUUGUAGCAUCUCUUUUCCUUGACUUAUUUGAUUCGACAGGCAUCUUAAUUAUUUAUAAAUUAACAUACAUAAUGCAUACUUUCCCUACAUUUUUUUUUAAACAAAAUACAUUAUCACACAAUAUAAUAAAAUUAUCCUUUACAGGUAAUAUAUAUUGUUGAUUUAUACUGCCUGUAUAAGUGGCUUUUUACUUAAAGGAAUAGUUUGUUUCUUAAACAGAUUUGGUGAAAUUUAGCAUUAUAUUAAUUGCUCACCAAUGGAUCCUCUGCAGUGAAUGGGUGCCGUCAGAAUGA